UGCCACUUGUAACAUGUGCCUCAGGGUGGCCACGCCUGCUCUAGUGCAUCAAUGGCCCCAAUGGGCCUGGCAGGGGAGAAGGGGGAGGAUAGGGUACCUGUAUGGUCACUACCCACAUCUCGACAGCUCUGUGCUUGGCUUUCCCAGGAUGUUUUCUCCUCUGUGGUGGGCAGGAAGCGGAGGCAGCGCCAGAUGGGGGACACUGUCCCAAAAAAGAAGCAGCGGGAGGCAUUGCGGGACAAAGAAUUCUACAUCCCCUACAGGCCCAAGGACUUUGAAAGCGAGAGAGGGCUGAGUGUCACUGGGGAGGGCAGUGCCUUUGAGCAGCAGGCUGCCAGCGCCGUGUUGGACCUCAUGGGCGAUGAGACCCACAACAUGAACAAGAACAAACAGCUGCUUAAGUGGUGAGU